AUGAAGAUUCGAGUCGGGCCAUUGAGUUCUUUAUCGCCUUUCUGGCUGGUCUCAAACCUGAUCACUAGAACAAGUUGCUCCGCGCCAGAGCAGCUGAUCAUAUCGUCCCCGGACAAGCCAAGUCCAGUGGAUAAUUCAAACCUGAUCUUUGCGUCCUUCGCCGGACUACUCCAGCAAUGGCCGAACACGUUUGCCUACAGCGGCCACUCAAUCAUCCCCGGCCUGAUCCCGCGCUCGACUUUACUAUACCACAGCAGGCACGAUCCAAGCGGGCCGCCAACGGAGGGGCUCGAAUGGCUGGCCUUUGAUCCUGAGAUGAGCUAUUCGAUUGGCAGCCACAGGCCUGGUCAAUUGGACCUCUACACAUUUGUCGCCGACCGCGCCCUCCGGGUGAUAUACCUCGAUGGCCAAAGCGCUUCUCUUGGCACGCCCGGCUUCAUGGACGCUCAGUACGCUCUCAUCAACGCUUCUGUCCCCAAGGACUUCCCCGAUAAGGGCCGUUACCUCGAAGCGGAGUAUGCCCGCGCUACUGAACUCUGCAAGAUCGGUGAUAAAUACGGCUUCGAAGGCGUCGUCAGGAUGAACACCGGUUUUGAACUGAUAUGGUGCGACUUUAAAAAGGGCAUACACCUUCUUGAUAUGGUUAAUGCUACCGACCCGUACUCAGCCAAGAUACCACCUUUCAAAAGCAUCAGCCAAGUCAAUUCAAACUCUGAUCUUCCAGACAAGCGACCAGUUCCUCAAUCGCCUUUUUAUUCAAGGGCUUCUUGGAGCUUUUCCUCCUCGGGCGCCCGACACUUUUUUCCUCCUGGGGAGGUACGAGUGAUCUUAGAUCCUGCGGGGUUUAUAAGUUUUUAUGAUGGACUUAAAAGUUUAGAAUUCAAGCGACAAGCAGAUGGGACAAGUUCAGGGCCACGCUCAAGACAUCGCUUGUAUGGGAUCAGUAGUGAGGAUGCGAAGACAGUCCGAAGGCGGCUGGUUGAGGUACUUGAGCGGAAGAACUUCGAAGAUUGGCGGAUGGACCCUGGUCAAUCGGAUUGGCGCUCCUUGGUCUUGAUAAUUGUUGAGAGGUUCAGCCCACCGAUCCGCGAGCUACGAUACCUCCUCAACAGGGCUGACCUCAGUGCAACCAAGAAGGCAAUCGAGGUGCGUGGAUUGGCCUACGACAUUAUCAUGCCCUCGCUGGAUUUCUCGGAGUGGGACCACCAAGAUUUGGACUGGCUGUCCCGUGGGAUCCGCAGAUGCACAUCCACUUACACCUCUGCUAGGCAACAGCUACCUGAGUUAAACCACUCUAUCCAUAUCAUUAUCCAGGCCAUUGAAGUUGUCUCUCCCCCUUGA